AAAUAUAAUCUUAAAUUCAAGCCAACCUAACAUCAUUAAAUACCAAAGCGACAUUUUUCUUUAGUUUUUUUCCCCUAAAAUUUCUAUAUCAAACUCCCAUAUAAUUCAUUCAUAAUAAAAACUUAAAAUAAAGAUAAAUAAAUCCACAUAUUUCAAAGCCUUAAAUUAAUUUUUCCUCUUCCACCAAAAAUAAUGUCCCUUCCACUCAAGAACUUUUCUGCAAUUGUACAUUUAAUUUCCCCAAAAUCAUUUCCCUCAUUCCGCAAAAUGCACACAACUAGAUUAUCGGCAGCGAAAAGGGAGAUAGACCCAUCAGCUGAAUCGAAAAACCCAGAUGAUGAUUCUGUAACGAAACUUCGUGUCUUUGUAAGGAAAAAGAGAGCUAAAAAAACCGUUCAAGCUAUAGUUGAAGCGAUUAAGCCUGAAACUUUUGAUCAAAAGCCUUGCAGCCUACCUGAAAUUGAAGAUUUUGCAUAUGGGAAGCAAAGCAGUUUUUCUCGUUCGAAUGAAGUACAGCCUCCUUCCGACUGGGAAAAGGUCAUUGAAGGAAUUCGCAAAAUGAGGUCUUCUGAAGAUGCGCCUGUGGACUCGAUGGGGUGUGAGAAAGCCGGCGUUUCACUUCCUCCCAAGGAAAGGAGAUUCGCAGUUCUCAUUUCUUCUCUGUUGUCGAGCCAAACGAAAGAUCAAGUUACUCAUGGAGCUAUUCAGCGGCUUCUUCAAAACGAUUUACUUUCAGCAGAAGCCCUCGACAAAGCUGAUGAAGGUGCCAUCAAGGAAUUAAUCCACCCUCAGGUCGGUUUUUAUUCAAGAAAAGCAAGCAACAUGAGAAAAGUCGCAAAAAUUUGUCUCGACAGGUACAAUGGAGAUAUUCCUAGCACAUUAGAGGAGUUGCUUGAGCUUCCCGGGAUUGGCCCCAAAAUGGCUCAUCUGGUCAUGAAUGUGGGAUGGAACAAUGUACAAGGAAUAUGCGUAGACACUCACGUGCACCGUAUUUGUAAUCGCCUCGGAUGGGUUUCACGUCCGGGCACUAAGCAGAGAACUUCAACGCCCGAGCAGACGAGAGAAUCUUUGCAGCUAUGGCUUCCUAAGGAGGAAUGGGUUCCCAUCAAUCCUCUUUUGGUAGGUUUUGGGCAGACCGUGUGCACUCCGCUUAGACCGCGUUGUGGCAUAUGCGCAGUGAGUGGGUUUUGCCCGUCGGCCUUCAAAGAGGCACCUAACCCGUCGUCCACACCAAAGAAAAAAUGAGCCGAUCAUUCGUUGAUUGUUUGCACAAAGUAUGUAGAAUUUUGAUGUAUUGUUAAGGCUCUCUUGCAAUUGUAUGUUGUGAGGGUGAAGGUAAUGUAGAGUUUCUACCUUGAAAAAACCCUAGUAAAUAUAGCCUUUAGAUUUUAAUUAUCUUACUUGUAAGGCUACCAUGAAUUUCUCAAAUGUGUUUGAAUAUGUAUGAUGAUUGGGGCUGGCCUAGUUGGUAAUUUUAAAAUAUUUUGGACAUCACAA